AUGCUGCAUAACCUGUCUGAUAGAAGCAGAGGGAGGAAGCAAGAAUGAGAGAUAUCCAGACUGGGAACUAAGAUAUGUAAGUUGGAAAGACAAUACAAGAGUCCGCCAUUACCACCUUCUCUGGCAGGGAAUUCCACAUCCUGAUUGCCCUAACAGUGAAGAACCCUUUCCUCCGCUGCGUUCUGAACUUUCUCUCCUCCAGCCGCAGUUUUUGCUUUGAUCUUGGAAUAUCCAGUUUUGGAAUGGAAGUAGAUCAAAUGCAAGUCAGAAAGUAUACAAUAUAUAAACAAGGUGCGUGUCCACAAUUUAUGUAGAUCUGCUAGAAGUUUUUGCUUCUAUCGGGGUAACGUAAAAUGUCAGACUGCAAAGCAACGUCUUCUGACGCCUUUCAAGAAGAAGGGGAACUUCAGUCCCAACCAGCCUAUGAAAAAAGACCAAACAAUCAUUCUGGCAAAUACAUUACUGGCUAUUCAUCCAUGGUGUUCCACAAAAAAGGUAAAGACAAGAGAAAACAAAGCCGAAGCAAUCCUUGCAAUUUAUCGAAGGACUUUAAAGACAGCGAAAAGAAAAAUGCUAUUGUGGUCACUAAGAAGUGUGAGGUUCUUGGAUUCGAAGAAGUUUCCAAUGAGUUUACUUGCACCUCAUCAAUUAUAGAGUCUUACAGUCUUAAUACUAAUAAGGAGGCAAAGUUUAGCUUCCGCAAACUAGAUGACGGCACUUUUGCCUUAGAGACCAAAAACUCAUGUGAGCUUAAUCAAGAAACCGGUGAGCCUGGAAUCAAGAGGUCCACAAAAAGCAGACACGCAAAAGGCCGUUAUUCACAUAAGCCAUUGAAAAUAUGUUUUAAAAAAAGAAGCAAAGCCCUUAAGAAGUCUUCAGAUACUAAUGAUGACUACAAAUCGGAACAUAAAAACUUGCCAUCCUCCGUACAGGAGGACAUCACCAGUAUUGUUAACAAACAAGAUGAAUGUUCACAUCAUGAUCUGACAACAGGAAAACCCUGGGCAACUUUUAAGAGUCUAGUAACUCGUAGAAGGAAAUUGCGUUCCUCAUUAAAAGGACAAUCCCAAUUGAGUGGCGGAAACCUUGAUGCCAACACAAGCAGCACUUGCAUUCAAAGGGUUUCAAAGACAGGACGUUUCUCCAACUUAAGGAUUCCAUGUAUGAACUUUUCUAGAGGAAAGAAAUCCACAAAUAUCACGUUGCCUUCUGAAGAAUCUCUCGGUGUUGCAAAACCAUCUGAAACCUUCAUUGAAGAGUCCACGUCUGAUUGUCAAAGGAGUGACAAAGCUUUGGCAGUUAAAUAUAAACUCCAAAGAUCUUUAGAUGUAGAGAAUGGUAAACUCAGUAACAGCCUUGACAUUUGUUCUGAGAAAACCCCAAUUUUUGAAACAAACGUCGAUCAAAAUCCAGAAAAUAAUGACAAAAUGAUUGAACCUAAUCCAAUUAUUGAGCUUGAUGUUGGUUCUGUAAAUUCUGCAGAAGAAAGAAGAAAUGACUGUCCGUUAAGAGAGUGCAAAAGUUUGUCUCAGUCCCCAAAUGGAAAACAAGAGCUAUCAUCCUAUAAAGGAUCAAAACAUAUAAAGAGUAUCCAGGAAACAGAGGGACCAAAACUCAGUGAAGACUUAUCUCCCAAAGAUGAUGAUAAACAUACGAUACAAGACAAUAUUAGAAACUACAAAAAUUCCCUUGUUGACUGUGAAGAUGGAUUGAACGAACUCUCUUUGACCAAUGAUGUUUCCGCCACAGUUGAGCCAACCUCAGAUCUUUACGAAAUGCUUUUAAUGUCAACAGCUGUGUCUCUCGUCAAUAAAGUUAUCAAGUCAUCCAUACAACAGUUAGUUGAAGAGGAAGCUUUGCUUAAUCAUGUACAAAGCAAAGACUCUGAAAGAUUCUAUAUUUGAAAAAGAGAAGCAAAAAAUGCAGGUCCAUCAUCCGAUCAUAUACUGUAUAUCGUGCCUUUUCGAAGAUAACUACAGGUUCUAAAGUUCAAUAAUAUGAGACAACCUAUUGCCUAGAAGUCAUGUUAUAUUACAAACAGUCUGCUAUUUCUAUAUGAGCCUGUCCUUUAAUUCAUGCAAAAUAUGACACAUAUUAGAAAUAUAUGUUGUUUAUAUAUCCUUUCAUUCAUACAUUUUGUUGUAUAUUUAUUUUAGAUUAUUUGCUUUCAUACUAAUUUAAUGAUUAAUUGAAUAUAACUUAUCAUAGGAUCAUUUCUUAAAGCAAAAAUUUAUUUAAACUUUUUUUCAAUUGAUUUCUCACCAGCAUACCAGCGCAAACGUUAUAAAGUCAUAAAAAUAGUAUACAGAAUUCACAUUAACAGAGAUACAGAAACAUUCCAAGUACAGUUAUCAAUGCAUUUGUUUACUGUAAUUAAGCCAUAUAGAGAUCAUACUGGAUAGAAAAAAAGGGAAAGAAAUAAACUAGCCUUUUAUUUUACAAUAAAGGGGUAUAUUCAAUUUGGAUCCUUUCCGACAAGCAAUUCCUUAGUUGGUGCAAAGGGGCGAAAUGCGGCUGAGAUACACUGGAAGUACUGUAUAAGCAGAAGGCAAAAGUGCUGUCUCACCAUGUAGCCUAUUCCUGCCUCUUACAACGUGCUGGACCUGAAAGUACCCAGAUGGGAAUGGAUAUGCCAUCAUAAGUUCUUCUUCAUUACACGGAUCAGUAAAAGUCAGGUUGGAUAACUGUGGGCACAUCGGGGGUCUUAUAUCUACAGUAUGUGCAGUGAGUCCUGCAGUAAGUAGGGAAAAGAGAAUACACAUACGGAGAUCCUCUUAUGUGUUAACUAAAUAAAACUUGAAUUAAAAUAUUUUGUUUGAGCAAUGCCCUCAGUGGCAGGGGUGAGGGGGCCGUUGCUGUCUAUUGUAGUUUGGAAGUACAAAAUAAUAUAUAUUGAAAAAGGCUCGAGAAAAUUAAUGUUACCCAAAGGUGGGCGUAAAUAACAAUAUUGUAUUACACAAUAAUGUCAUUUUAAGUUAAAUAAAUAUAUUGUUUCAUCA